AUGAGCUACAAUCUCUACCUGGCCUUUGUGUGUCUGAGUCUCCUCUCUCAAAGGACGUGCAUCCAGGGGAACCAGUUCAAUGUGGAGGUCAGCAGAAGUGACAAGCUUUCCUUGCCUGGCUUUGAGAACCUCACUGCAGGAUAUAACAAAUUUCUCAGGCCCAAUUUUGGUGGUGACCCAGUUCGGAUAGCACUGACUCUGGACGUCGCAAGCAUCUCUAGCAUCUCAGAGAGUAACAUGGACUACACAGCCACUAUAUACCUCCGGCAGCGCUGGACAGACCCGCGGCUGGUGUUUGAAGGCAACAAGAGCUUCACUCUAGACGCCCGUCUUGUGGAGUUCCUCUGGGUACCAGACACUUACAUUGUGGAGUCCAAGAAGUCCUUCCUCCAUGAAGUCACAGUAGGAAACAGGCUCAUCCGCCUCUUCUCCAACGGCACGGUCCUGUAUGCACUCAGAAUCACAACAACUGUUACAUGUAACAUGGAUCUGUCUAAAUACCCUAUGGACACACAGACCUGCAAGUUGCAGCUAGAGAGCUGGGGAUAUGAUGGCAAUGAUGUGGAGUUCACCUGGCUGAGAGGGAACGAUUCUGUGCGUGGGCUUGAAAGCCUACGCCUUGCUCAGUACACCAUCCAACAGUAUUUCACCUUGGUCACCGUAUCCCAGCAGGAGACAGGAAACUAUACACGAUUGGUUUUGCAAUUCGAGCUUCGGAGGAACGUUCUGUAUUUCAUUCUGGAAACCUACGUCCCUUCCACUUUCCUGGUGGUGUUAUCCUGGGUUUCGUUUUGGAUCUCUCUUGAUUCGGUUCCUGCCAGAACCUGCAUUGGAGUGACAACUGUGUUAUCCAUGACCACACUGAUGAUCGGCUCCCGCACAUCCCUACCCAACACCAACUGCUUCAUAAAGGCCAUUGAUGUGUACCUGGGAAUCUGCUUCAGCUUCGUGUUUGGGGCCUUACUGGAGUACGCAGUGGCUCACUACAGCUCCUUACAGCAGAUGGCAGUCAAAGAUAGGGGGACAGUGAAGGAAUCAGAAGAUGUCAAUAUUACCAACAUCAUCAACAGCUCCAUCUCCAGCUUUAAACGAAAGAUCAGCUUUGCCAGCAUUGAAAUUUCUGGUGACAAUGUCAACUAUAGUGACUUGACAAUGAAAGCCAGUGACAAGUUCAAGUUUGUCUUCCGAGAAAAGAUUGGCAGAAUUGUUGAUUAUUUCACAAUUCAAAAUCCCAGCAAUGUGGAUCGGUAUUCCAAACUACUAUUUCCUUUGAUUUUUAUGUUAGCCAAUGUAUUUUACUGGGCAUACUACAUGUAUUUUUGA